CAGGUCCAGUCAGUCGGAAAGGACCGAAGGGCACAAAUGCAAUCGCCAGUAUCUCGAAAAGUGCCUCAGUUUCAUUUAUUACCACAAUAUUUAGUCCGUGUUUGACCUGAAAUAGAAAAGGACGAGCUUCUCGGUGCGGUGACAGCCAGUGUCCAUGGUAACGUCACAGUUUAACAGCCAGGAUCAUCCCGAGGAAGUGGGGAAACGAGACAAGCUGAAAACUCAGCGAAGGAGAAACAGAUUUGUUGAAGACAUAUCUUCGCACCGACCUUCCCUUUGGCUGUUUUUGUGCCUCUAAUAGUUUUUAAUUAUCGUCUUUUGUUCCUGAAUUGCACAGCUAUGGAUGUGGCAGACACCUAAGCAGGAAGGAUGACAUCGGAGGCUGCUGUCUCCACAUCUGCCAUCAGCAGCACCCCUGCCAAGAGGGACUACCACUUUCUUCGCUCCUUUGUAGCUGGAGGUGUUGCAGGAUGCUGUGCCAAGACAACCAUCGCUCCUCUGGACAGAGUCAAAAUUCUCCUUCAAGCCCAGAAUGCUCAUUACAAACAUCUAGGAGUGUUUUCCACUCUCAGAGCUGUGCCACAGAAAGAAGGCUACCGCGGCCUGUACAAGGGUAACGGGGCAAUGAUGGUCAGGAUUUUUCCUUAUGGAGCCAUCCAGUUCAUGGCCUUCGACAAAUAUAAAAAGCUGCUUAGUAAAAAGAUUGGAAUCUCCGGACACAUCCACCGCCUCAUGGCAGGGUCUAUGGCAGGGAUGACUGCGGUGAUAUGCACCUACCCUCUGGAUGUGAUCCGAGCCCGACUGGCCUUCCAGGUGACAGGAGAGCAUCGCUACACUGGAAUUGCCAAUGCCUUCCACACCAUCUACCUUAAGGAGGGGGGUGUCAUGGGCUUCUAUAGGGGACUUACUCCAACACUUAUUGGAAUGGCUCCGUAUGCAGGUUUCUCAUUCUUCACUUUUGGCACCCUGAAGAGCCUCGGCUUGAAACAUUUCCCCGAGCUGCUGGGACGCCCCUCCUCAGACAACCCCGAUGUCCUCAUUCUGAAAACUCACGUUAACCUGCUCUGCGGGGGGGUUGCCGGUGCCAUCGCUCAGACAAUAUCGUACCCUUUGGAUGUGGCAAGGAGAAGAAUGCAGUUAGGAGCCAUUCUUCCUGACUCUGAGAAAUGCGUAUCCUUGAGGAAGACCCUGAUGUAUGUGUAUACGGAGUAUGGGAUCAAGAAGGGAUUGUACCGAGGGCUUUCUCUCAACUACAUCCGCUGCGUCCCCUCCCAGGCUGUGGCCUUUACCACCUAUGAGUUCAUGAAGCAGAUGCUCCACCUGAACUAGUCGCUGUUUUUAUACAUCCCGAGUCUCGCCAGGGCCCUUUGUGCUCCAAGUCGCAGAUCAACCUCGAUGCUUCCAUUGUAGAGUGAUGUCAUUUGGUACGUCUUAAACUCUUCAAUAUGGGAAUCACCCUUCUGUCGAGUUCACUGAAGGCACCAGGGAAGUCAUUAGACGAGAAAGGAAACAGGAUAUCAGAGAGUAAGACACUCCAAGUCUGUCCUAUUUCAUUCCUCCUUACUUCCUGCUUUUGUGAGUCGCCACCUCUUAAGAGAAGUCUUACUCAAACACAACAUGUGGCUUGAAUUUGAGCAACUCCCUCAUCAAUGUGGAUACAGCAGGUCAGCGAUUGGAUGGUUGGAUGGCUCAGGGCGACGAUAUGCUCUUUAACAUAUCGCCCUGAUUGUGUAGAGGCCCCUUUGUUCGCACAGAUGUUCUCUCACUUGGCUUUUUCUGUCUGUCUUAUGAUCUGUUGGGAUUUUAAGAUGUAUAUCAACUUAAAAAGAUCAAAUUAGCAGCUUUUUUCUAAUCAGGAAGGGAACUCAGCGAGAUGCAUUAAUUUGAAUAGAGUAUCACUAAAUUCUUCAGCUACAUAUUUCUAAAAAUCGUCUAUCAUAUGUUCUUUUUACCACCAAGGUGAUCAAAAGUUAUUGUUGAAAUGUGGCUGGAGUUUUUAAAUAAUGUGAUGAUUUUCAAUGUUUUGUUUAUUCAGUUUGUCUUUAAAUUUACAGUGCCGAUUUGGGAUGCAGUAACUCGAGGAGAAGUUGCUGUUUGUGCGUUUUUGCCUUUGUCCUCUUCACAAAUCUAUUAUUAAUGUAUCACAAUUAACCGGCAGGUUUUUUUUUUUUUAUUUUUAGAAAGAUGCAGUGACGGAGGUGGCACAUGAUUUCAGUUUAAGAAAAUGUUAUUGCCAAAGCUUGAAACAGAGCAGUUACUGUUAUGUGAUUUAAAUUGCUUUGUUUUUUACGUUGGUUAACGUGCACUCUUAUUUUUUAGUCUGUAGCUUUGAUGAUAUUGAAUAUUGUACAUCUUUUCUCAGCUGUGAUCAGAGAGAUGUUUUGAGUUUAAGAUGUCAGCUUUUCUUUUUUUUUCUUUUUCUUUUUUUUUUUUUACAUAAUAUGGAUGUAGAUCUGACAUGUCUUGCAGGACAUGAGGGGACUCAGGAGAAACUUGCACUUCAUCACUAUAGCUUUUUCUUCUUUUAUUUAUUGAUUUAGCGACUUGUUGCCACUGGGUGGCAGCAUUGAAUAUCAAUUGUAUUGUUUACCAUCAGAGCUGGACACAAAUAUUCAUACACAUUUCAAACAUCCGCACAAGUCAGAGGAGAUAAUUUUCUGUUUAGCUGAACAAAUUGUCAGAUAGUGAUAUAAUAUAUAUGCAGUGUUUUUAACUUAAAUUUUCGACUAUUAACUUGAGCUACUGAAUGGGUGUGUGCAUUUAGGCUGAACAUUAAAGUGGAAACAGACAACUUUUUUCUUCCCCUAGUGUUUGCAGGUGUUGCUAUUGUUGCCGCCACUUUGCAAAGACAACCAGAUUGCUAUUUGUUUUCCUCAGAGACGAGCAACUACCACAGUUCCCACAGUUACCUUGGUUGUUGCACAGUCCGGCAUUUCCACAGCUGGGGAUAGUGACUGCAAAGACCCACAAACUCACAGUUAUACUUUGGUAACUAAACCAUAGCUACCAAGGAAACCAUAAGCAGUAUUCUCUUUCCAUAUAGCCUUUGUUUUCCAGGAGAUCAUACCUGGUUGGCUCAUAGGGAACGAAUCUAAACGCUGAUGGUGCCAUUAUUCUAAAGCCAUUACAUUGUGCAAUCACUUACUUCAAAAUGAUAAGCUAAAGCAAAAAGUGUGUCUAUUUCCACUUUAAUGACUGAAUGAGUGUCAUUUAAUCACGUUUGAUCUUAAUGUUUACACAAGUCUCAUCAGUUUGUUUUACAAGCGUUCUCCUUUUUUCAUCCUCUUGCCUUUCUUUAUUCAAUUUCUUACUUCACCAGAGAGAUUAAUGUGUUUUAUUGAAGUGUCGUCACAUGCUUUCAGUUGAUGCUUCAGCCUCUGAAACACUGCUUAUGAAUUGGGGGGAGGGGAGACUGGUGAAGAGCAGAUGGUUUCCAACCUUAUUGGCUUGUGACCCCUAAAAAUGAAGCAAAGUUCACGCACGGCCACUCAUCACAGCUUUUAUAUAUCCACCAACCAGUGAUUCUUUUCCCUUUUAACUUCUCAGAUUGUCUCAUUAAAAAUUGCUGAAGGCCUGAAAAGAUAAGGUUACCCAAUAUUUAUCGAAAGAGCAAAAAUCAGAGAAAAGCCCAAACACACAAACACAAAUUCAUUUAAAGACGAUUCAAUAAUUCUGUCUACUUGCCCCACCCAAAUCUGCAAUUUCUUGGAACACCCUGCCCUAGAUUAGGAGACAACGCCACCUUCACUCCAUCCUCAGAUGUACCGUUUAGAUCCAGCAGCCAGCUGUCAGCAGUGUGGACAGUCUGGAGUUAAAACAGGAGUUGUAUAUGUAGCUAUGGUCCUGUGAAUACUAAUAUCUAAACAUUAAAACAUCUGAAACAGGCCAGUUUGGACUUAAGGAGAGAGGGACACUGGAGAGGUGAUCUUUCAGAGCUGUGGGGUGGUGUGUCAGUGGUUGUAGGGUGCUGCAGAGGCAGGGGUGAUGGUAUGGGUCAGGAUUCAAAUGCACUUUUUGAAUUUGAGAAGAGAAGCAUGUUCAAGCUAAAAUGGGGUGUUGAAGGACAACUUCCCCCACAAAAUGGCCAUUUGUAUAUCAGUUACAUACCAUGUGUUACCUGUAAUUUGUAAUGAAAACUUUGUUUUCCUCACAAGCCUCCAUGGUGAACGGAGACUCCAAAAAAGGCGAACAUUGUUCAUGAAUUGACAGGAAAAUUAUAUGAAAACAUACAUUUACAAACUCACACAAAUCGUGCACUAUAAUCUAAGUCUCAUUCAUCCAGUCGUAUGCUCUGAACUUAACAAACAUGUAUUUUCACUAAAACAUUACAGAAUAAUUAAUGAAUUAUGUUCGUCCUUUUUGGAUUUUCUGUUCGCCAUGGAGGCAUGGGAGAAAAACAAAGCUGUCUUUACAAAGUCAAGGUAACACACAGUAAGUAAGUGAUACACAAAUAAAACAUACAGACAAAAUAUUCCUUUAAAUUGCUUUUUGAUCAUAUUGUGACCACUCAGAUUCAUCAUGUGACCCACUGGAGGGGUCCAGGCCCUGAGGUUGGGAACUAUAAUGACACAGACUACUGAACACUUUGAAAGUCAGUCACUGUUAGAGGAAGUAAGGUGGCAAAAAGGCUUCAGUCACCUCGUUGCAGCUCCUCAAUUAAACACAGCACAAAGAAACAUUGGAUGAAGAUUUGUAAAUUUUUUUAUGCUGCUUGCAUGAUUGAAAUUGCUACCGAGAUAAUUCACACAACACUGAAACCAAAAUGUUCAUUUUAGUGUGCCUGUUCAACUUGUUGGAAAUGAGCAAAAUCUCAAAGCGUAAAAUUCUCCCAGAUCACCUUGAGAAGUGCGAGUAAAGAAGCGACUUCUAUGUAACUCUCAUUUGCUGAGUGUAUGUAACAACAAAUGAGCUCUAGCAUCCCGCUGCGCCCACCUGCCUGGGCUUAAGAGCAUAAUCACACACUCUCGCUGGUUCUAAGUGGCAGCUACCAUUUUGAAAACAAAAUAUAAUAUUCAGCAACAUUUCCGCUUAUUCAUAGUGCCACUCAUUCAUCUACAGCGCUUUCAUUUUCUGCUCUUUUGAUUUGGAACACAUGAUCUUUCACUGCUCCUGUCAAUCUCUGAGGACAGAUCAGCUCUGUUCCUGCUGCUCACUGCAACAGAUGUAACAAAGGACGGUAUUUAAAUAUGUAAAUGUACGUAAUAGUACACUGUGCUACUUAAUGAAACUGUUAGAUGUGACUGAAAGAUGUAGUAGUUUUCAGAAUGACUGAACAAUGAAAAUUGCCUUUUUCUUAAAUUGUCUGACGUUUUUUUUUCUGUUUGUACAUGUUCAGUUUUGCCUGCCUUGCUGAACCACAUUACAUGUCACCUUCUUAAAACAGCA